AGGACAAUGACUAGACUCUGCUUCCUGCUGUUCCUCUCCGUGGCCACCAAUAGGUGCAGAGCAGAAGUGGCCAGUUCCUCUGAGAUGCCCUGGGAGAAAGAACCCUGCACCUCUUCCUUUUCUUCCCUGCCUAGAAGCUGCAAGGAAAUCAAAGAAAGGUGCCAUAGAGGAGAUGAUGGCCUGUAUUUCCUGCGCACCAAGAAUGGUGUCAUCUACCAGACCUUCUGUGACAUGACCACUGUGGGUGGUGGCUGGACCCUGGUGGCCAGUGUGCACGAGAACAACAUGGCUGGGAAGUGCACAGUGGGUGAUCGCUGGUCCAGUCAGCAGGGCAGCAGAGCAGACUACCCAGAGGGGGAUGACAACUGGGCCAAUUACAAUACCUUUGGGUCUGCAGAGGCGGCCACAAGUGAUGACUACAAGAACCCUGGCUACUACGACAUCCAGGCCAAGGACCUGGGCAUAUGGCAUGUGCCUAACAAGUCCCCCCUGGAAUACUGGAGGAACAGCUCCCUGCUGAGGUACCACACUGAAACUGGCUUCUUCCAGAGACUAGGACACAAUCUGUUUGGCCUCUACCAGAAAUACCCAGUGAAAUAUGGAGCAGGAAAGUGUUGGACUGACAAUGGCCCAGCCAUCCCUGUGGUCUAUGAUUUUGGUGAUGCCAAGAAAACAGCAUCUUAUUACUCACCUCUUGGCCAGUUGGAAUUCACUGCAGGAUUUGUUCAGUUCAGGGUAUUUAAUAAUCAGAGAGCAGCCAACGCCUUGUGUGCCGGAGUGAAGGUCACUGGAUGUAACAGUGAGCAUGGUGUCUGGAUGAUGAACAGAUUGGAGCUGGCAAUUCCUGUGUGCUGACCCAGCACUGCAUCGGUGGAGGAGGGUUCUUCCCAGAACACAAUCCCAGGCAGUGCGGGGAUUUCUCCGCCUUUGACUGGGAUGGAUACGGAGCUCAUGUUAGUGGCAGCAAUAGCCGGGAGAUAACGGAG